UUAUUGUGAAACUGAACCGUUUGGACAUCCGGUCGGGUUUACGUGCGCCGCUGUUGCAGUUGCUUGCUUGCUUAUUGAUCAGUUUAUUUACAAAAAAAAUUAACAAAAAAAACGAAAUGCAUACUUUUUUAUUCAACAGUAUUUUGUCAACAGCUCUGUACGUUUUGCUGUCUUUGUCAUGUUUUCCACAUGUAGUCGAGGCGUCGAGCAGCAGAGGAUUUGGGGACAACAUCCACUGGAGGACGCUUGAAGAUGGCAAGAAUGAGGCAUCAGCCAGUGGUCUACCCCUCAUGGUCAUCAUCCACAAGACGUGGUGCGGAGCCUGCAAAGCACUCAAGCCUAAAUUUGCAGAGUCCAAGGAAAUUACAGAACUCGCCCAUAACUUUGUGAUGAUCAACCUGGAGGAUGAGGAGGAGCCAAAGGAUGAGGCCUUCAGUCCCGACGGAGGCUACAUCCCCCGCAUCCUUUUCCUCGAUCCCAGUGGCAAAGUCCACCCUGAAAUCACCAACACAAACGGGAAUCCCAACUACAAGUAUUUUUACAGCAGUGCAGAACAAGUGGUGUCCGGGAUGAAGGAAGCACAGGAGAAGUUGACUGGCGACGCCUUUAAGGCCACCCACCCCGGAGACGAGCUGUGAGGGGGGGCGCGGGACGCACGUCCGGGCUGCAAGGGCUACGUCACCUCAUACCGACGCUCAAAUUGUCACCAACACUUCUUUUUAGAAAUAUUUAUGCCGUACUAUCAUGGAUGUACAAGUGCCAAAUUGAUGCAAAACUUUCCAGGGUUCCCCGCACUGAGGCUCUAAAACCGGUCGGCGGUCAAUUUUUAUCGGUCGCCAAUUCAAUUUUUUUUUUUAAAAAUAGUCAAGUCGGCACAUAGUCACAUUUGUUGCUGUGAAUUUAAUCUUUAGCGUUAGUGUUAAGUAUAUAUUGGGAAACUAUAGUAAUCGCGUGCAAAAUCCUUAAAUACCAAGACUACUUAUAUCUACUAACUUUGAACACACCUCAUGGUUCCAAAGACUAACGUGUAUUUAUUUUGCACAUUUAUUUCUCCUGUUAUUUUUUGCCUCUUAUUUUAUACUCCGCAUACAAAUAAAGGUUUGUUGUAGUGAA